UGUUAAAUGAAUUUGAGAUCAAAAUAUUGUUGUAUGAUUAUCCAAGUGCACCAUGCACCUAUUGUUCAAUGCUUAUGAUGGGGCCUUCUGUUAGGUGGGUACCUUAUGAUCCAAGUGAAUCUUACACACUUUCCCCGGGAAUAUUGACCUUUCUUAAACAUUUAUCGAUAUUAAUAUUAAUAUUAUUUGUAUUGGGUAUUUUACACAGUACUAGCUCAACAAAAUCAACCAAGAUGGCAAGGUAA